GGCGCGCAGGUGGGGUCCCGCCCGCGGGUACUUCUGGGACCAGGCUCGUGGGCCCACGGCUGCGGUGGCUGUGUCCUCGCCGAGGCGGGAUGGAGUCCGGGGCGCAGGUGUCUGGGCUGAAGUCCACCGCAGAAGAUGAGGGUCCUUCUUCAGUGACGAGUCAGCUGUCCCCGAGAAACGUCCCAAAGCAUAGCACCCCCCGGGAUGCCACGCCCAGCCUGCACAGGAGGCCACCGGGCCGCGUCCCCUACCGCCCGGAAGGGAGCCCCGUGGCUGAGUCCCCGCUGCCUGAAAGCCUUUCCUGGAGCACCAUGGCCACCUUCCGGAACCUGCAGCUUUCUACCGUCUGGCCGGCACCCACCUCCGACCCCUGGGAUCCCGAGGAAGAUCCUCCUACACCCACCUCGGUCACUCGGAGGCAGCGGCAGGCAGAGUCCGGGGGAGCACGGAGCCGGUCUCCACACUUGAGGUUGCCCAGGGUCCCCAACACCUCGGGGAAGAGAAGGAGGGACCCAAAGGAGCUGGCGGCUGUGACAGAACGCGUGAGGCAGUGGGAAGUCAGGCUGCUUCGGGACAUCGAGGAGGCCACUCAUCACGAGCUCACCAUCGAGGACGACUGCAUUUUGGGGCCGGGCCAGGAAGCACUGUGUUCUGGGGCUCCCGCGGCCAGCCCUCCAUCCACCGGCUUCAAACCCUGAUCCUCGGGGCUCCCCCGGGCCUCACCUUGACCACUUCCCUCUCCACUGUGAUGCUUGGGUUGGGUGGGGGGCAAGUUAAGGCUCUUGUAACUCCGAUCCCACGCGAGGCCCCCAGAAGCACCAACGGAGAGCAGGGGAUGGAGGGAGCAGGUGCCCCCGCCCCCGGUGGUUCCCCAGGGCCACCCAGGGACCAGGGAGCGUGGUGAGCUGCACCCCCCCCCCAACACAGAGCUGGGGCCACACUCCCAGCAGGCUCAGGGUGCAUUCCAGGGAAGUCAGACACCGCGACUCACCGGGAGAUGGUUCUGGCAGUUCAGGCGCUGGUUUUGUGGGGGUGGUGAAAAUUUAACCCCCUAUGGUAGUGCGUUCCUGGGGCUGGGGUCCCACCAAACAGAUGGGGGGGUGCAGGCCCUCUGUCGAGAGGAGGGAGCGGGGCACUUGGGGCCCUUCAGCUAACACACAAAACCACAUGGACCUCCCAGUCCAGACCAUCUCGGGCACAGCUUUGCAGGAUGCUUCAUGGUUAUAAAAACAGAGCUCGAUUUUAUUCUUAUAAAUGUGUUCAUCCCCACUCUGUUUUAUUUUUUAAUAUUUAUUUUUGAGAGACAGGGAGAGGGAGACACAGAAUCUGAAGCAGCUCCAGGCUCCUAGCUGUCAGCCCAGAGCCCGAAGCAGGGCUCGAACCCACGAACCAUGAGAUCAUGACCUGAGUGGAAGUCGGACACUUAACCGACUGAGCCCCCCCCCACCGCACCCCUAAAUUCUUUAAAUCAUCUGAAUACAGUAGGAGUAUCUCAUUUGUGGGGUUUUAAACAAGCAGGGAUUUGAAAUAGUGGAUACGAACAGCGUGUAGCUAGGCUGGACGAGGAUGGCGGUUCUGGCGUUUAUUCUGAGUCAGGAACAAUCCGGCAUUUAAAUGAUGCUUUGAAAUGUGGAUACCUUCUAAACAUGCACAGUAUUCGGGGGCUUUCUGUGCCAGUCACAAAUGUGUAGAGAUGUGGAAUACGGUGUUUUAAAUCAACAAAAGGAAAAAGCAUACAAAAAACAAUAUUUAAAAGCAUGAUGGGAGAAACAAGUUCAAAUAUAGCAAUAAUCCUAUUUUCUAAAGGGAGCUUAAAUUUCCCGGUUAACAAAGAGGUUCUGACCUUGUGAUCUUUUUAACCCCGGCACGUGACACUGUAGAGCGUGGUUACCCCGAGGGAGAAGGGGGCCCGCUUGUGGGGGCGCAUGAGGGGCUCUGGGGCCGGAAGAACCACUGCCAGCGUGCGCGGUGACCAUGGGGUGCUUCGCAUUGUGGAUACAGAGGGCAGGUGUCUUCCUGUAGGUCCUGGAGGCCACACCAGGCCCGGGGCCCCAGGAGGACAGGGGACAUGGCCUGAAAGGAAACACCUGGGCGCAGGUAUGGAGGUGCCCCUGUCCCAGCCACAUGCGGAACUUUCAUGGAUAGGAACACACAUCAUGCGGGAAGCAGGUGUGAAGGCAGAGACGCACCAGACAUGGGAGCAGCGUCGGGGGACAGUGGUGACAUAAGAGGAUGCCACACAGAGAAAUACCCAGCAGAUAACGUGUAGGAAUUAAGAACAGGGUGAGAGUGGGGUUGCCCGGGAGGGCUCAGUCAGCUAAGCAUAUGACUUGAU